AUGACAACGCCUGAGCUUGGAAACAAGGCGACGGCCAAGGCGGCCCAAGCAAGCGAAGAACUUGGCCCGGUCCACCUGAACAAGGACAUCGAGUUCCACACCACCGAAACGACAUCGCAAGCGCGGCUCAAUGCCGAAGACACCACUGCUGCGGUUGAGGAAGAGGCCCAAGAUGAUCCAGAGAUUGCCCAGCUACCUCUCAUCGUUCGUCAGCUCGUCUCUCUUGACGAUGAUACCACCCUACCCACCAUCACGUUUCGAUACUUCGUCUUAUGUGUCGUAUUUGUCGUGCCAGGAGCUUUCCUGUCACAGAUGAGCCAUUUCCGGACAACACAGGCACCUUACUCCAUCUUCUUCGUUCAGAUUGCAUGCCACUAUGCUGGACACUUCCUUGCCGAGCGUCUUCCUGCAUGGCAGGUCCGGUUGCCCCUUGGCUAUGGCUUCAAUCUCAAUCCUGCGCCGUGGAGCAUCAAAGAACACGUUCUGGUCACAUUGACUGCAGCAUCUGGAGCAACAUAUAAUCUUGGCUACACUCCGAUCUCGAUGGCCGAGCUCUAUUAUGACACCAAGAUCGAUCCCGCCGUUGCUAUCUUCUUCAUGCUUGCUAUUGUAUGGGUCGGCUAUGCCAUUGCUGCCAUCGCUCGCUCACUCCUUCUGUGGGAACCAGAAUACAUCUGGCCACAAGCACUCAUGCAGACGACUUUGUUCGAAACGUUCCGCAAGCAAGACCGCCGUAGCAAGCUCGCCAAACGACAGAUGAUCAUCUUCUUCUCUUGCCUGAUUGGAAUGACACUUUGGCAAUUUCUGCCCGAGUACAUAUUCCCUUUCACCUCUUCGCUCGCGUUGCUCUGUUGGGUGGCUCCGAAGAACUCAGUCGCAAAUUUCAUCGGCUCUGGACUGGGUGGCAUGGGCUUCCUGAAUCUCUCCCUUGACUGGUCCAACAUAAACUGGAACGGAUCGUCCAUCCUUAUUACUCCAUUUUGGACACAGACAAUCCUCUUCCUUGCCUUUGCGUUCAACUGCUGGAUUCUCAUUCCCGCAGCAAAGUGGGGGAAUCUAGGAUCGUACAAACAUGGGCUGAUGUCCAACUCGCUACUGAUGGCGAACGGCACCAAGUACCCCACUCUCAAGAUUGUCAACAGUGACUUCAGCUUGAAUCAGACAGCCUACGAGGAAUAUGGGCCGGUGUACAUGGGAAUACAAAACAUCUGGGCAACCUUCUUUAGCUACGCCAAAUUACCUUCUGCGUUUAUUUGGAUGGCCACUUUUGGAGCGACUCAGAUUAUGUCAACGUUCAAGAAGAACAUGGCUGCAAGACGUGCACGUGCAGGAGCAGGAAAACAACAACCUGGCAGUCACGGGCCUGCUCCAAAUAUACACCACCAAUAUACCGAUCGUCUCAACGUCCUCCAGCGAUCUUACAAAGAAGUCCCUGGCUGGUGGUUUGGAGCUCUCUUUCUCGCGGGCUUGGUUAUGCUCGUUGCAAUUAUCGGCUCGGGUCAGCUUUUUGUGCCUGUCUGGACUGUAUUUGUUGCUCUUGCGACUGGUGUCGUUAUCGUGGUACCUCUUGGCUAUCUGUACGCAAUCUCAAACUAUCAAGUGGCAAUCGGCGAUUUCAACGAACUCAUGUAUGGAUACAUGGUACACACAUCGGCCGGUUCAGGUCAUCAUCACCCUUGCGGUCCCUCCGUCUACGGGUCCAUCGCUGGUGAUGCUUGGUACAGAGCCCAAUACAUGCUCCAAGACCAGAGAAUAGGGCAUUACAUGCACAUUCCUCCGCGUACUGUGUUCUUCAGCCAGGUGUUUGGUAGCGUGUUAGGUAUACCCAUCAACUACGGCGUUGUACGAUGGGUUCUGAACACCAAGUUUGACUACUUAUCUGGUGCGAAGAGUGAUCCUCUUCAUCAAUGGACUGGGCAGUCACUCGUCAGUUCGAACACAUUAGGCGUUCAGUACGCAGUCAUUGGUCCGAGUAGGAUGUUCAGCCAGCAUGUCUUCAAGCCCUUACCAUGGGCCUUUCUCUUCGGCACCUUCGCGCCCCUCGUUCUAUUCGCUCUGCACCGCGCAUUCCCGAAAUCGAAGUUGAAGUUUCAUCUUUGGAACACGACAAUCUUCUUUUCUGGGAUGGCUGUGUUCUACGGCAACCUCUCGACGGGGUAUUUCAGUGCUUACGUUGGUGGAUUUAUCGCCAUGUAUUGGAUCUUCCGAUAUCACUUCCAGGUCUGGAAGAGGUACAACUACAUCGUUGCUGCCGCUCUGGACGCGGCCUUUAAUCUCAACAUGCUACUUAUUUUCUUGUUUUUCGGGAGUGGAAAGCAAAUCAGCAUGCCGAACUGGUGGGGUAAUAAUGAAGACAACAUAGAGAGGUGUUUUGCGUUGGAGUAG